UCUUGCAUUCGCACAGGCCGAACAGGCUGUUUUUCCUCAUAGAGCUUCAGGCAGAGGUAGAGCUUCAGUGUGGGUGCGUGGGCGCGCGGGAGCUGUCCACGGUGCUGAUUCCUCCUCUCCAACACCGCGCGGCAUAUGUGACACUCGCAUCUGUUCAGCCUCAGCCAAAGUAGAUGUUAAAAAAAACUCUCCACGACCCACAGCUUGCAGCUUCGAGGCGGUGAAAAGUGCGGCAUCGCCAUGCAGUGGAUGCAGAACUGAACGAGAAGACAAACGCAUCACCUGCACGCUCGAGCUGAAUGAAGCGCGCCAGCCUGCACUUCAGCACACAGACAUGGACUGCUUUUGACGCUGGACUCUUCUGGUCAAUGGGCAGCUCGCGCGAAGAAGCUUUUACACGGGUCUCUGUUGCGACACUCCCUCAGCAAAGUACAGGAUCUCCUCGCUGCCCUCGCUCCAUGUCACACUCAGAAAGGAAACAUCCGCCUCACCUAAACAUGCCAACCAAAUUACUGGUCUACUUCUUACUUCUGUCAGUCUUUCGUGCAUGCUCUCAAACAAUUGCAUCUGAAGAGGAAGAGUACGACGACGUUACUGUGAAUCAAAUGUUGGCACCCAGAACCCACGAGACAGACGCAACGCAAAUACUGAACAACUUGCUGAAGGAGUACGACAAGAAACUUCGCCCUGAUAUUGGAGUUAAACCGACAGUCAUCGAUGUUGAUAUCUUCGUUAACAGCAUUGGACCUGUGUCCUCAAUAAAUAUGGAAUACCAGAUUGACAUCAUUUUUGCCCAGACGUGGACAGACAGUCGACUAAGAUAUAACAGCACGAUGAAAAUAUUAACUUUGAACAGCAAUAUGGUUGGACUCAUUUGGCUACCUGACACAAUCUUCAGAAACUCCAAGAAUGCAGACUCACAUUGGAUUACUACACCCAACCAGCUCCUCAGAAUAUGGAAUGAUGGGAAAAUACUUUAUACACUAAGGCUGACUAUAAAUGCAGAGUGUCAGCUGCAGCUCCAUAACUUCCCUAUGGACGAGCAUUCCUGCCCUCUAAUCUUCUCCAGCUAUGGAUACCCACGAGACGAAAUGAUUUACAAGUGGAGGAAGAACUCGGUGGAGGCAGCCGAUCAGAAAUCAUGGAGACUCUACCAGUUUGACUUCAUGGGCCUAAGGAACACUACAGACAUCAUCAAGACGACGGCAGGUAACCACAUCAUUGGUGACUAUGUGGUGAUGACGGUUUAUUUUGACCUGAGCAGAAGAAUGGGAUACUUCACCAUUCAGACCUAUAUCCCCUGCAUCCUGACGGUGGUCCUCUCGUGGGUCUCCUUUUGGAUUAAAAAAGAUGCAACACCAGCCAGAACAGCUUUAGGAAUAACUACAGUGUUAACAAUGACCACCCUCAGCACAGUGGCCAGGACAUCGCUGCCCAGAGUGUCAUAUGUCACAGCCAUGGACCUCUUUGUCACUGUCUGUUUCCUGUUUGUCUUUGCGGCUCUCAUGGAGUAUGCAACGCUCAACUAUUACUCCUACAGCGCUCGCAGACCUACCUGCAACAAGACAAAGAGAUCGAACUACUCGGUGCUGGAUGUGGGACCUCCUCCUACAGUCAUUGCGCUCAACAACUCCAUGUACUGGCAGGAGUUUGAUGAUGCCUGCAUAUAUGAGUGCCUGGAUGGAAAAGACUGCCAGAGCUUCUUCUGCUGCUAUGAGGAGUGCAAAGGAGGAGCAUGGAGAAGAGGCCGAGUCCACAUAGACAUCCUAGAGCUAGACGCAUACUCUCGUGUCUUCUUUCCCACCUCUUUCCUAUUGUUCAAUGUUGUCUACUGGGUAGGCUACCUCUAUCUUUAGCAACCCCACUUCCUCUUCCAAGACGCAGAGGACGUGGCUUGCAGUUUGGUCCAAAUGGAAAUAGAAGAACAGUCCGAACCAAGACAUUUGAAGGUACAGCCUAUUUAAACAAAUGCUGGUCUCCAGAAAACAAAGAACUUUGCUCAGUCAAAGACCUCUCCAGUAGGUUAGGACACAAAUGAAAAACAAAACUUUGCCAUAACAAAGUUACAGCAGAUACUUUGAAGCCCUUAAGGUAAGCAGCCUGGCUCUUUUAACAUAGUCGGAAGGGUAUUGCCCACAGGCUUUCUGUCUGGUAGCAUUUCCCUGCCAGAAAUCUUUGCCUUUGUUCUUCAGGUACCAAGGGAAAAAAAAAAACAUUCACCAUUCACGUAUCACAGAAGCUUGACUUGUUUUGGCUGAGAAA